AUGGGAGACUGGAACUUUCUUGGUGGGAUUUUGGAAGAAGUGCAUAUCCACUCUACCAUGGUGGGAAAAAUCUGGCUCACAAUCCUCUUCAUAUUUCGCAUGCUGGUGCUUGGUGUGGCAGCGGAGGAUGUGUGGAAUGAUGAACAGGCUGACUUUAUCUGCAACACCGAGCAGCCUGGUUGCCGCAAUGUGUGCUAUGAUAAAGCUUUCCCCAUUUCCCUAAUCCGUUACUGGGUUCUGCAGGUCAUAUUUGUAUCCUCUCCUUCACUGGUGUACAUGGGCCAUGCCCUCUACCGCCUCCGUGCUCUUGAGAAGGAGCGUCAGCGCAAAAAGAUGGCACUGAGACGAGAACUUGAGGGUGUGGAUGUGGAGAUGGCGGAGGUACGGCGCAAAAUAGAACGUGAGCUUCGGCAGAUCGACCAGGGGAAAUUAAACAAGGCUCCAUUGAGGGGGUCUCUUCUACGCACAUACGUGGCUCACAUAGUCACCCGCUCAGCUGUAGAAGUAUUCUUCAUGACAGGACAAUAUGUUCUGUAUGGGUUUCAACUGAAUACACUGUACAAAUGUGAACGAGAGCCUUGUCCCAAUGCGGUGGAUUGCUUUGUAUCUCGACCCACUGAGAAAAGCGUCUUCAUGGUGUUCAUGCAAUGCAUAGCUGGCAUUUCAUUGUUCCUCAACAUUCUGGAGAUCCUGCACUUGGGCUACAAGAAACUUAAAAAGGUCAUUCUAAACUACUACGCACAGCUAAGGGAUGAUCCCAAUGACAGCUACUAUCCCAACAAAGUGAAGAAAGAUUCUGUGGUGCAUCAGACAUGCAUUGGCACCUCCACUGGACGCAAGGCCACCAUUGCUUCUGCACCCAGUGGAUACAACCUUCAUCUUGAUCGACCACCUGAUGGAGCUGCCUAUCCUCCUUUGAUUAACCCAUCCUCUGCUUUCUUGCCUGUUCAGGGUGAUUUACCAGCUAAAAACGGUGCUGAUGAACCAAAGUACUUGCAGAACAGUCCCACAGAGCACAACAGCAAUUCAAACAAUACCAGCAGUGACUCGCACUCACCACCUUGCAACUCUGUCACUCCACCCAAGCAAGACGAAGGGGAAGAUUCUGUCCAAACUUUACCACUGCACAAGAAAGGGCAGGAGUCUAAGUUAUCAGAGUCAUCGAGCCACACCAGAGAAUCGUCUCAUGCCUCAUCCAGCAUGGUAAAGAAACCUUGGAAGGGUAGUGCUCCCUGGAAUUGCUCAACAGUCGUAGAAGGUAAUGGCUCAGACUCGGAUUCCCUGGAAGGCUCCAAAGCUCGUUGUCCUUAUUCUGCUGUGCGGGCACGUACCUCAUCCAGGUCUGAUACCAAGCUGAGCAGGCCCACCUCCCCUGAUUCAGUCGAAGAAUCGAGCUCUGAGUCACGGCAUAGUCCACGAGCGUCACCAAGCCAUCGUGCCUCAUUGGCCAGCAGUUCCAGCAGCAGACGAGCAGCUCCCACAGACUUACAAAUUUAA